AUCUCUCUCUCAAACUCGAGUACAUUUUGUGGAGCGGUUGGAAAAAGUUAGAAACAGUGAUAUUAAUGUCACACAACAAGGACUGUUGACUAAAGGAGUGUGAUCCAUUCCAGCAGAAGAGAUCAGACUCUUCAGGACUCAACUGUGUUUUUGCAAACUUUACUAAUAUUCAAAGAUGGAGACUCCUGAUCUGGACACAGAUAAUGUUUCCCCACCUUCAGAAAAAAGACGUAAACUCCAGGGAAAGAGAUCAGAAUCACCAGCACCCAGCUGUAUCUCCAUGAAGAGUGAUGGGUCUAUGGAUCCUCCUCUGAGGUUUAAAGAUGGAGACUCUUCACUUCUACACAGUAAACUCCAGGGAGAGAGAUCAGAAUCACCAGCACCCAGCCGUAUCUCCAUGAGGAGUGAUUGGUCUAUGAAUAUUCCUGUGCAGUUUAAAGAUGAAGACUCCUCACUUCUACACAGUGUUCCACAGAGAGCAGGAGACAGAAUAGAAAAGAUCAUCAUCACAGAUACAGGGCACGACGCAGAAUCUGCUGCUGUGAAUGAAUUCCAGAAAAAGUUCAAAUUAAAUCUGAUGAAGAAGUUUGAGUGUUUGAAUGGAGUGAUAAUAAACCUGGGAAACCAAACACUCCUGAAUGAGAUCUACACAGAGCUCUACAUCACAGAGGGAGACAGUGGAGAAGUCAAUAAAGAACAUGAGGUGAGACAGAUCGAGGCAGCAUCCAGGAGAAUAACAACAGAGGAAACACCAAUCAAAUGCAACGACAUCUUUAAGCCCUUAUCUGAACAAGACGAACCCAUCAGAACUGUGCUGACAAAGGGAGUCGCUGGCAUCGGAAAAACAGUCUCUGUGCAGAAGUUCAUUCUGGACUGGGCUGAAGGGAAAGUAAAUCAGGACAUCCACCUCAUAUUUCCACUUCCUUUCAGAGAGCUGAAUUUGAUGAAGGAUCAGAAACUGAGUCUGAUGGAGCUCCUUCAUGUCUGUUUUAAUAAAACAAAAGAAACAGAAAUGUCCAGUUUGGAAAAGGUUCUGUUCAUUUUUGACGGAUUGGACGAGUGUCGUUUUCCUCUAGAUUUCCAGAAGACAGUGAGAGUGUGUGAUGUAACUGAAUCAGAAUCAGUGCAUGUGCUGCUGAUAAACCUGAUCAAAGGGAAUCUGCUUCCCUCUGCUCUCAUCUGGAUCACCUCUCGACCAGCAGCAGCUGAUCAAAUCCCCUCUGAGUGUGUCCAUCGAGUCACAGAGGUACGAGGGUUCAAUGACCCACAGAAGGAGGAGUACGUCAGGAAGAGAAUCAGUGAUCAGAGCCUGGCCAAUAACAUCAUCACACACCUGAAGUCAUUAAGAAGCCUCUACAUCAUGUGCCACAUCCCAGUCUUCUGCUGGAUUUCAGCCACUGUUCUAGAGAGAAUGUUGGGUGAAGCAGAGAGUGGAGAGAUCCCCAAGACUCUGACUCAAAUGUACACACACUUCCUCAUCAUUCAGACAAACAUCAUAAGAGUAAAGUACUCAAAGAAGCAGGAGAGUGAUGAAGAAAUGCUUCUUAAACUGGGACAACUGGCUUUUCAGCAGCUGAAGAAAGGGAACCUGAUCUUCUAUGAGGAAGACCUGAGAGAGUGUGGUAUUGAUGUGAGAGAAGCAGCAGUGUACUCAGGUGUGUGUACGCAGAUCUUCAGAGAGGAGUUUGGGCUUCACCAGAGUAAAGUGUACUGCUUUGUUCAUCUGAGCAUUCAGGAGCACCUCGCAGCUCUGUAUGUGCACCUGACAUUCAUGAUGGAAAAGAGAAAUGUUCUUUUACAGCAUCAGUUCUCUAAAUGGUGGAUGGAAAAAAUUACAAUCUCAGAUGUACACUAUAGUGCUGUAGAUCAGACUUUACGCAGUCAGACUGGACAUCUGGAUCUUUUCCUUCGAUUUCUUCUGGGUCUCUCACUGAAGUCCAAUCAGAAACUCUUACAGGACUUAGUAGCACAGACAGGAAGUAGCUCCCAGAGCAUAGAGGAAACAGUUCAGUACAUUAAGAUGAAGAUCAGUGAAGAUCUUCCUACAGAGAAAUCCAUCAAUCUGUUCCACUGUCUGAAUGAACUGGGUGAUAAUUCUCUAGUGGAGGAAAUGCAACACUACCUGAAAUCUGGAAAACAAAGUGAAUUCUCCUCUUCACAGUGGUCUGCUCUGGUGUUUGUGUUACUGACAUCAGCACAGGAGCUGGAAGAAUUUGACCUGAGUAAAUAUACCAGUACAGAUACGAUACCAGAAACUGUUCUUCUGAAGAUGAUGCCUGUGAUUGCAGCCUCCAGAAAAGCAAUGUGUGAUUCACUUGGAGUGAGAAGUUGGUCAGCUCUGGUUUCAGCACUCAGCUCAGAAACCUCCAAUCUGAGAGAACUGCAUCUGACUGUGAAGACACUGGAUCUGACUGGGAAUGAACUAGGAGACUCAGGAGUGAAGAGUCUCUGUGCUGGACUGGAGAAUCCUCACUGUAAAGUGGAGAUACUGAGGUUGUAUGAUUGUGGUGUCUCAGAUGAAGGCUGUGCUGCUCUGACUUCAGCUCUGAGAUCAAACCCCUCACACUUGACAGAACUGCAUCUGUCCUAUAAUAAACUAGGAGACUCAGGAGUGAAGAGUCUCUCUGCAGUACUGGAGAAUCCUCACUGUAAACUGGAGAUACUGAGGUUGUAUAAUUGUGGUGUAUCAGAUGAAGGCAGUGCUGCUCUGAUUUCAGCUCUGAGAUCAAACCCCUCACACUUGAGACACUUGAAUCUGUCUGAGAAUAAACUAGGAGACUCAGGAGUGAAGAGUCUCUCUGCUGUACUGGAGAAUCCUCACUGUAAACUGGAGACACUGAGGUUGCGUGAUUGUGGUGUAUCUGAUGAAGGCUGUGCUGCUCUGACUUCAGCUCUGAAAUCAAACCCCUCACUCCUGAGAGAACUGGAUCUGUCCUGUAAUAAUGUAGGAGACUCAGGAGUGAAGAGUCUCUCUGCUGUACUGGAGAAUCCUCACUGUAAACUGGACACACUGUGGUUGAGUGGUUGUGGUGUCUCAGAUGAAGGCUGUGCUGCUCUGACUUCAGCUCUGAGAUCAAACCCCUCACACCUGAGAGAACUGGAUCUGUCUGAUAAUAAAAUAGGAGACUCAGGAGUGAAGCUACUCUCUGCACUUAAGGAUGAUAAACAUUACAAACUACAGACACUGAGGUUUUGAUGAACAUCUGUGUGUGUGAUGAAGACUCCGGUGUUCCUGCAUUUCACUGUUGGGGAAUAGAGAACACAUUUAUAAACACAUCACUCAUUUAAUUAUAACACAUUAAACAGACUCAGAGACGUGAGAAGUGUGUGUUCAUCAUGCACAGUGAAUCAGACUGCACACGAUUCUACAUUGAGUGUAUAAUGACCUCUGACUCCUGGAUAAAAUUCCCUGGACCUCCUUCUCAUUAAAAAAAAAAAAAAACACCUGAGGGAUUAUUUGGAACAGCAGGUGAAAAAGCACAUGACCUCGAGCUGAACCCAGUCUGUGGAAGAGAGAGCUAAAAUGGACAGGAACAGUUUCAAGACAUUGGUGGAAUUCUCACCUGACAGGAUUCACAUCUGAGGAGUUUAUCUGAGGAGUUUAUCUGAGGAGUUUAUCUGAUGAAGCCUCUAGGAGACUCACUAUAAUCACAUUUAUCACUUUGUCCUUUGGUUAAUUAAUGUAGCAGUGUUGUUGUACUAAAUAUAAAUACUCUUGGAAAGCUGCUUGUACAAUAUAAUUAAUGGACCUAACUAAGAACUAACUGAUGCAUUAUAUAGUUUUAAUGGUUUGUGAUUCUUCUGUGUUUGUGAUAAAUAUUUGUUUAAUAUUGUAAUAUGUUUUACUAUCUUUACACAUUCAUAGUAAAGAUGGAUACAUAAUUAAAAUUAUAUUGUAUUUAAGCACUUAAAAUGUAUUGCCUAAUUGUAGAAAUCAAAUAUAUUUUUUGAGAAAUAAAAUACAUAACUGUGCAAUGCUAUUAUUUUUGUUGUUUAAAAUUAACUUUUAUAAAUUAACUUUUUAUAAAUUUAACAGGAAUUUUGUAGCAAAAUAAUUUUUCAACAGUUCUUCAAAAAUAAAUUUCUGUUUCUGAGUUCUGUUUAACUCAGCAAUUUUAGAGUGCACCUUUUUGAGGAGACUCAACUGGGAAUGAGUGUAUAUGAGUACAAACACCUUCUUUCUGUUGUGUAUCUUUUUACAUGCUUCCCUCUCUCAUCUUUUCAGGCAGGUCAGUAGUGGAAUCCUUUUUCAUGUGUACAUUGUAGACUGGUUUUUGACUAAUUGAGAGCGUACUUAAAUAAAAUGCCUUGUACAUCCUAACCUUUUCACCUUUUAAUUCUGUGUUUUACUGUACAAUAAUUCUGUAUCAGCCAGCACUUUUCUCCACAGCAAUAAAUUGGCAUUAGAUUUUCACUUUUGUAAGUGAUUGGUAACUUUUGUAAGUGAUUGGACAGCAGAUAGAAACAGACAGAUGCUCAUUGAGACAUAAGAAGGGAGUGUUGAUCAAGGUCAGGGAAAAAAACAACAAAACAAGGACUCUGUCUGAGUGAAACCUCUUUUAAAAAAUCUUGUCCUCAUAAAACCUUUUCAAGAUAAACAACUAACUGCACAUACUCCACAAAUUUAAGAUAACACAUAGACAUGAAUAUUUUAAUUGUGGCAAAGAAGAUUGGUCUGAAGAACGGCAAAACCCUGUGGAGAAAGGUUUGAAAAAGGGCUGUGUGUAUUUGCAUUUUUUUUUUUAUAGAUUUUCUGCAGACUGUCUCACUUUAUUGUUUCAAUAAAGUUGA